GUGCAUUUGGCGAGGCCAUUGAACUCGAAGAAGCGGAGUGCCCAUGACAGACUCGACGCUACAGAUUGUUGCCGGCACAUAUGAAGGCAUGCUGUAUGGCUGGGAAGCGUCCACGAAAGACCUGACGGGCAAGAAGCCCCGCACUGCCCUGAAGAUGAUCUAUGGAUACCCCGCCCACACGGAAUGCAUCAAAGCAUUGGCCAUGAUGAUGGAGCACGACGGCAAGACGCUCUUGACUGGUGGCAACGACGAAAUGAUCAAGAUUUACAACGUGAAGAAGAAGGUCGAGGUGGGGAUCCUCAUGCAACACAAAGGUGCGAUCACGUGCUUGGAAUACUACGGCAAGUCGCAUGUUUUGAGUGGAAGUGCCGACAAUACGAUUUGCAUCUGGCGCACGUCGGACUGGAACUGCAUCCACAUUCUUGGUGGCCACAAGGGUGCCAUCAACUCGAUCGCGGUGCAUCCCAGCGGCAAGUUGGCCUUCUCCGUUUCCAGGGAUAAGACGCUUCGCAUGUGGAACCUCGUGAAGGGGCGCUCCGCAUACAUUCGCCGCCUCGACCAGGAAGCGACCUGCGUCUUUCUCUCUCCAGACGGCAACCGGUAUGGCUUGGUGAUGGGCAAGGACGUAUCCAUUUUUGGGUCGGCGAACGCCGAGCUUGUGGGAGCGCUCGAGCACAAGAAGAAGGUGCACACAGCAGCAUUUGCUACGAACGAUUUGGUUGCGCUGGGCACGGACGACGGCAUCUUUUACCUCUACCGCGCACAAGGACAGCUUCUGGCUAAGAUUUCGCAUCCCGACAUCACGGCGCGCAUCCGCAGCCUCCAGGUUGUGGAAAAGGAGGACGCAAACGAGAUGCCGUACAUUGUGCUCGUGAGCACCAACGGCGUCGUUCAAGUGUACGACCUCGCGCAUUUCUCGCUCGAGAACACGUCGUUCGACACCAACAACGCCGUCGAGCCCGUCGCGUCGACCAAAGUGUUUGGGACGGCGUUGGUCACGUGCUUGUCGGCGUGCCGGAUGAACGUCGUCACGACCGCGAACGACUCGAAACCGACCAAGCCAAAGACAAAAAAACCAAAGCAAGUGCUAGGGUCUAGCGAGCCCGUCAAGAGCGUUGUGCCUGCACCCAAGAUUGUGGUCGAGCAUGAAGUGACGGACACGAUCAAGAAGUCGAAGCGAAAAUCCACCUCCGACGAGACAGACGGCCAAACGACCAAGAAGCACAAGGAUCAAAACCAUGGCCCGCCUCCUCCUCCCAACUCCAAACUUCCCACAAAGAAGACCAACAAGAAGUAGAGAACUCGUUUAGUUUUGGUUAACGCAUCGGAACAGUUCAGUCCCGACAACAUGCACCUGGCACCUUCGUCUAUCGCUA